AACCACAUCCUGAGAAGGACUGUCGGUGUCUCCCCCCGCUCUCCCCCCGCACCCCUUCGCCUCCUCAUGCCCCACUGGGGGGAGCGUAGGGCAGGGAGCAAGAAAGCAGUCUGCCGUUCAGAAACAGGCCGGCCAUGACCCGCACGGGCUUCAAGCAGAGGUUGCUCAUCUGCUUCCUGGUGGUCAGCUCCAUGCUGGGCCUCUACACUCUGUGUGUGAGCCUGGAGAUCCAAGUGCCCUGGCACGUGAUGGCUCUGGCACCCUUCCCAGGCACCCGCCGCGUUGAAGAGCCGAGAAGCAACUCUAGCCAAGUGACCAUGAGUUUGCCUCACUCCACCCAUGUCUUGAAGCUGUCAACUGAAUCUGACCACCAGCAUUCAAGUAGCGGGGUGAUUACAACCCUAAAGGCCCAGCCCACUCAUGGAGCUCUACCACGCCAGGAGGACUACACUACCAGUAGCCGCAGUCCGAGCCCUCAGCUCACCGCGCGGAGGCCUCAGCUCUCCGCGAGGAGGCCUGAGGUCACCACGAGAAGGCCUCAGCUCACUGUCAAGGAUCCUCCUUUCAUCGGCGACAGCUACGCCAGGGAAGACGCCCCACCGCAAACGGAGUGUGCAGACGGUGUCCGUAGCAGGGUGUCUCAGACUGAGUUUGGGGAGAGGUUCCUGGUCAACAUCCCUGUGCUUCAGUGGGCCAAGCACGCCACCCAGGAAGAGUACGAGCGCCUUCGACAGUACCCCGGGACCCACGGAUGGAAAGGACUCGACUUCCAGACCGUCCUGGCCUCCCUGUCGGCCCUCAACACUGAGGCAAACCGUCAGAUGUUAGAUGACUGGGCACGCAGGGCAAAUGGAUCGAGCUGCAUUCGGUGUGCGGUGGUGGGUAAUGGUGGGAUACUGAACGGUUCAAACAGAGGACGGGAGAUCGACCAGCAUGAUUACGUCUUCAGGACCAACGGGGCUAUCACCAAGGGCUUUGAAAAGGAUGUGGGUACGCGUACCUCCCACUACACCUUCUCCACCAACACGAUGCGUAACUCAAUGGCCAGCUAUGGAGGUCAGGGCUACCAUGGCCCCCCACAGUCUGAGGAAACACGCUAUGUUUUUUUGCCUGAUCACGACCGUGACUACCUGCUGCUGAAGGCUGCUGCCAUGAACACCACAGUGGAGCGAGGGCCCGAGAAGAACAGGAAGGCGUCCGUUUACUUUGGGAAGAACGUUUCAGUUCACAACAUCAAGAUGUACCAUCCUGAUUUUGUCCGUUACAUCAGAAACAGGUUCCUACGAUCCCAUACCCUGACAACCAAAUACAAGGAUAUUUACCGUCCAUCAACAGGAGCUGUGAUGCUGCUGGCUGCCAUGCACACUUGUGACAAGGUGAGCGCAUACGGAUUCAUGACCCCCGACUACAGCAAGUACUCAGACCACUACUUUAACAGACAGUUUCAGCCUGUGGGGUUCUACAUCAACCACGAUCUGAGGAUGGAGAUGAAUCUCUGGCAGCAGCUCCACAAGGCAGGACUAAUCCAGCUCUACAUGAGGCCUUGAAGGCCACAGCCUGGGGCUUGCCUGAAGACGCUACCCCUGAGGGGAAGGGGGAAGGCAGGCCUACCGAGCAGGCUGACAGGAACCCAUACCCCUCCCCCCUCCCCCCUCCCCCCUCCCCCCUGUUCAGGAAGAUAUAUUUACUUACUGUUGCUAAGCAGAUGCAACGCUGACCUGUCUUGUACCUUCCUAAGCGGACAGCUCCAAAAUAGCUGCAAGGUUUGUAAUGUCAGUUCCUCAGCACAUUUCGUUUGUGGUUUACCAGUUCAUCACCAGGCUAAUCUGGUAGCCCACCCGGUCCAGGAAACUUUAUUUGUGUUGAAAAGGAAAAGGCAGUCCCUUCCUGUAAAACGCCCUCCUUGCCCUAAUUGAUUUGAGAACUACCAGCAGCAGUCAUGGUCUAUUGGUCUGGAUAUUCAGUAAGAUGUACGUUUCACUGUUGCAACUCAAGCAUUUGACCAAAAUGAGUACAUAUCUGCCAUCUAACCGUGAAAAGAAUGUUGCUCCAACUUUAGGUUUGUGCCUUAAUGUGAAGUUCUUUGUUGUGGAGGGAAUCGGGGUGUUGGGUGUGUGUGUGUACUUUGCUGCCAUAGCUACAAUGGUCUCUAUGGUGUGUGUGUGAGGACUUAUCACCAGGACUUCUCUGAGGCCGGAUAUUUAAAGGUUGUCAAGAAUCCUUGUUUCUUUUGUAAAUCAGGAUGAACCCGAGGUCUGGGAAUAGUAGUCACGUGACCACUUUGAUUAUUUACUGUUAGGAUCCUGGAAUCACGUAUGUUGAUUUAAUGUGUGUCAGAGAAUAGGAGCCUGUCAAAACAGUGUGUGUGUGUGUGUGUGUGUGUGUGUGUGUGUGUGUGUGUGUGAAAGCAUGGUAGACACCAAAGAAAAGUAUAGCAUCAGGGAAGAAGCUUUUAUUAAAAUACUUCAUCAUUUCUGAUUUUCUUUUUCUUCUGCACUUUAAUGAGACACUUUCUUUACAGAUGAAGCCCAGUACGUUUUGUUUUGUGUCAAUGCAAAAUGUCCAAUAGCAAUGUGAAUUCACACUGAAUGAUGGAGUUAUGGGAUCGAUCUCUUUGUGCAAUUUCUAAAAUGAUUGUUUUCACGCAACACAGCUAUAAUAAAUCUGUGAAAUGGCAAAGUAAAAUCA